UUUUGGUCUGUGUGUUAAGCUUCAGCAUCCAUGUUCACUCUCAAGCCUCGAGAAGUUGCUCCUCUGAAGUACUCUGUUUUUCCUCUCAUCACCAUUUCCGACUUCGCCCAUAUCCAUUGCUCCCCCACAUUGCUGUCCCUCACAGUCUCCCACAACCCCUCCUCCCCAUCCCCUCGCUUCGUCGCCGUUCUCCAGAUUCAAGAUCCCUUCAUCGCCGUCAACUCCUCCAAUUUCAAUCUCCCGCACCGCACCUCCACGAUCUCCACUAAAAGCCUCUUCACGGCUCUGUACGAUGUGGCGGCGGCCAGUGGGAGCGGCGACGGCGAUCUUUACUUGACCUUUGUUCUUCCCGAGCUCGAUUCGGAUCCACGCCUCGUGUUCACCACUGGAGGUGGAGAUAUUCGGUCCCUCUCUCCAUUGAUGGUGUUACCUCCCCAAAUCGGCCAAAUCAACUACGAAAUGUUCGUCGCAAUUCAUACAAUGGAGUUCAGAAAGAUUGUAAGAAAAUUCUCUGCCUACAACACAAUCUGGGUUUUUGUAUCUACUUCACAAGUGAAGUUUCAUGCCACAACCAGGGGGAUUCCUCAGGAGAUUGCUCUUUCUACAGAGAGAAGAGAGUGUGUGGUUGGAGGUAUUCAAGAAGAAAUGGUGUAUCCAAUCAAACUCAAUCCAGUUAAUUUUUUCCUCCAUUCAUCGUCUAUGACAAGUUUUGUGUGGCUCUUCAGGUCAACUGAUUUGUGCCCUAUAAUACAGUUCCUUAAAGGAGAAUGGGCCAACAUUCUGACCUAUUAUCCCAGAACUGGAUUAUGUUGAUAUUCAUAUUAUCUGCCACAAUUCUUUCUUUCUUUCUUUCUUUCUUUUUUUUUUUUUGGAAGGAUUAGAAUGUUAGUAGUUUUUGGUAUGGUUUGCUUUUUGUUUGCAUAUAUAGAAUGA